GCCGGGCUUCACUUCGCUCACCACACAACCAACCACACUAGCACUGAGCUAGCUAGCUACCAGCCAAGAUGGCGGCCAAGCGUCUGGCGCUUGCCAUCCUCGUCCUCCUUAGCGUAGGCAUGGUGGCCGCUGCUGCUGGCACCCGCAAGCUGGGCUAUGGCCCCGGAGGAGGAGGAGGCGGUGGCGGUAGCGGUGGAGGCGGAGGGGGUGGCUAUGGGGGAUCAGGCUAUGGGUCCGGGUCAGGGUACGGUGAGGGCGGUGGAAGUGGGGGUGCUGCUGGUGGGUACGGACAUGGCGGUGGCGGCGGAGGCGGUGGCGGUGAGGGCGGCGGUGCUGGCGGCUCUGGGUAUGGGUCUGGCCAAGGCUCUGGCUAUGGGUCCGGCAGUGGUGGUGCUGGUGGGUAUGGAAGUGGUGGAGGCGGCGGAGGUGGCGGCGGCCAAGGUGGUGGUUCCGGCUAUGGCCAUGGAGGUGGCGAGGGUUAUGGCUCCGGCUCCGGCUAUGGAGGUGGUGCUAGUGGUGGCGGCGGCGGCGGCGGACACGGUGGCGGCGGCGGUGGUGGCCAAGGUGGGUCGGGUCAUGGCUCCGGCUCCGGGUACGGAUCAGGUGAAGGGUAUGGGCAGGGUGGAGCUCAUGGAGGAGGCUAUGGCAGUGGCGGCGGUGGUGGCGGCGGCGGCGGCCAAGGUGGUGGCUCUGGCUAUGGCUCCGGCUCCGGCUCCGGGUAUGGUUCUGGUGGUGGACACAACUAAGCUCAGCUUCAGAGCCAACUACAGAGUAGCUCAGCUUGGGAGCCAACUACAGAGUAUAUAGCUAUAAAUGUGUCAUCAGUGAUGCGUUUGUCUCACUGUUUAAAGAAAACUUCUUAUUUGAGUGUGUGUAACACUAAAAACUUGUUUGACAGUAUAUACAUGUAAUGAUGUACCUAGCUUGCCGCUUUAUCUAAUUGGCAAGGGCUAAGGAAUAAAUAAACCAAUCUUUUGGCUUGGAAUUAUACUAUGAAAA